ACCGAUUCCAAUACUCUAGUUAUAUGCAAUGCUAUAACUGACAUGAAACCCCCACCACCCAUGACAUACCCACGUGACCCCCGUUCCUUGGCCCUCAACUCGACCCUGUGCCCUGGGCCUCACCGCCCAAUUCUGCCAGGCUCCGCCAUGACGCUGCGUGAGCUGGUUGUGGGUUACGAGUAGUAUACGGGGACUCGAGCGCUAUCACAAGGCUGAACGGGCCUUCCGACGUCCCACCACUGAAUCCCAUCCUCUUCACCCCCGACCUAUACGACCGUCCUCUCCCAGCAACAUGCGAAUUCCUAUAUCCAAUUCUUGUACAGCAUAGACUGCCUCCCAUGCUUAGAACAUGUCCAUCCGUGUCCUCGUCCGCGACUAUCCCAACCGGGCCAUCGCUCUCGUCACCGAAUCCCACGCCCUGAUCUUCCGCUACAUCACCAGCGCAAAUGACGCCGUCAACAAUGGCAGCCAUACCUCUCUCAGCUCGAGGCCAUCGGUCGACACCCAGAGCGCGCCGCGAUGCAUGGCGGAAUUCUCACGUCUGGGCCUGGUCGACUUGGCCGAUUAUCGAACAUUGAGUCCGCGGCCUGUCUAUGGGACCCUGGGGCUUAUAACAGUUGAGAACGAUGUGUUUAUAUGCAUAGUUACGGGUGCCUCUAAAGUGGCUAAUGUGAGGCCGAAUGAGACCGUUGAGAGGAUAUAUGCAGUCCAGUUCUACUGCUUGAGCAGCACGAAAUACGAUGAUGUGGUCAGCGAUGGCACGAACCUCAACGGCUAUGACCGGAAUGAGGAAGACGAUUAUUCGUACGGGCAUAACCUGAGCCAGCGGGAUACGCCUAUUGAGCAUCCAUGCGUCGAUUUGACCAAGAUGCUGAGCAAUGGGAGCUUUUACUACAGUACAGAUUUUGACCUGACGAAUAGGCUUCAAGACCGAUCCGCCGAAUCUACAGCAUUUGAUAUCGACAACCUCGACGAAUCAUUCUUAUGGAAUUCAUACAUGAUUGGCCCGCUGGUCAAAUUCCGCUCGGAGCUGCUGGAACACGAGAGAGCGGAGCUGGAUGCUUCACGGAUUCUAACUUCUGCUAUUCGAGGAUUCGUGCUUACGAUGACCCUACCAAAUUCUUCAGCGCCGAUCAGGACACCAAAUAGCGGGCUUCCUUCAUUGCUGACGUUGAUCUCUCGGCUGUCAUGCAAAAGAGCUGGAACAAGGUUCAAUAGUCGUGGCAUCGACGACGACGGGAACGUGGCCAACUUCGUAGAGACAGAGACGAUAUACUGGAGUCCAGCCGGGGUAUGCUUCUCAUAUGCACAGACUAGAGGCUCGGUCCCGAUCUUUUGGGAGCAACAGCCAGGUCUGCUUCCAGGAAAGCAGAACAUCACACUCACCCGCAGCAAGGAAGGGACCCAGCCAGCGUUCGACAGGCAUUUUGAAGGGUUAGAGAAUUCGUAUAGCUCUGUUCAUGUCAUAAACCUUCUCAGCGAGAGCAAGCCGGGAGAGGCUGACCUAACACAACGAUAUAAAUAUGGUGUCCGGCACUGCUCAGUCAACAACCGGGCGGCAGAUCACCAGCUGCUCAAAGAGACCGAGUUUGACUUUCAUGCGGAAACGAAAGGCCCAGGUGGCUUUGAGGCAGCGAGUAUCAUCAGCCACCUAAUCAAGAAAGACGCUGAUGCCUUCGCGUACUACUUAUCAGAGGACCUCGAGGAUGCUCUCGACUCCGAUCCAAGCGGAGAGAAGCCGCAACGGCGAUCGAUUGUAGUGCUGCAACAAGAAGGUGUCUUCCGCACGAAUUGCCUCGACUGCCUCGAUCGAACGAAUCUUAUCCAAACCAUCAUCAGCAAGAUGGCGGUUGAAUCUUUCCUCGGCCAGCGCAGAGAACGAGCUACGUCGGACUUUUGGAUGCGUCAUUCCAGUCUGUGGGCGGAUAAUGGAGAUGCCUUGUCGAAGAUCUAUGCGGGGACAGGAGCCCUAAAGACGUCUUUUACGAGACAUGGAAAGAUGUCUUUGGCUGGAGCUAUUGCUGAUGCUCGGAAGAGUGCCACGCGUCUGUAUAUCAACAAUUUCGCGGAUAAAGGCCGCCAGAACACGAUCGAUGUUCUCCUGGGAAGGCUGGUAGGACAGCGACCAGUAUACUUAUAUGACCCCAUCAACGAAUAUGUGAACUCUGAACUAGCCAGACGCCUCCCAGAGUAUUCCUCAACCCAAGUUGUCAAUAUAUGGGUCGGAACGUACAACGUCAACGGCCGGAGCGACGGCAUCAACGAAGACCUGAGCGCCUGGCUCUUCCCCGACGGCAACUCCGGCCAUCAACCGGAGAUGGUCGUUGUCGGGUUCCAAGAAAUUGUCGAGUUAAGCCCCCAGCAGAUCAUGAACAGCGACCCAACUAGGAAGAAGGGGUGGGAAGCGGCUGUGAAGAAGCACCUGAACGAUCAUAUGGAGGCUGCUGGCAGUGAGGAUAGAUAUGUUCGCCUUAGGAGUGGCCAGCUGGUCGGUGCCGCGCUGUGCAUAUACGUGAAAUCCUCCGUGCUACACCUCGUGAAGCACGUUGAGGGUUCUACGAAGAAGACUGGGUUGUCGGGGAUGGCUGGGAAUAAAGGGGCUGUGGCUAUACGGAUGGAAUAUGCGAAUACCUCAAUAUGCUUUGUCACUGCGCAUUUGGCCGCUGGAUUCGCCAAUUACGAUGAGAGGAACAAGGAUUUCCACACAAUCCACCAAGGUCUCAAAUUCCAACGCAACCGCGUAAUCGACGACCACGACACCGUGAUCUGGCUCGGCGACUUCAACUACCGCAUCGGCAUGUCCCACGACCGCGUCACCGCCCUCGUCAAAUCCCAAGACCUCUCCUCCCUCUACGACAACGACCAGCUCAACAUCCAGAUGAUGGCCGGGCUCGCCUUCCCCCACUACUCCGAGUCCAUGAUCACCUUCAUGCCGACGUACAAAUUCGACGUCGGGACUAAUGUCUACGAUACUAGCGAGAAAGCCCGCAUCCCGGCUUGGACGGAUAGGAUUCUCCGCAAGGGUUCGAAUAUCCGCCAAACAGCUUAUCACUCCGCGGACCUGAGGUACUCGGAUCAUAGACCCGUCUUCGCGACUUUCGAGUGCACAGUAACCAUCAUCGACGAAUCCCGCCGCGCCGCCCUAUCGCGACAGACAUUCGCCCGUCGUCGCGCUGCAGACUCAACACCUCGCCCUCUCUCUGUAGGCGGCGCGCGCACAGAAGCAGAGAGCUCAGACGAAGACACCCCCUACGAUGCCGUCGAACCAGGCCUCCCCCCCGCAAGCUCGGAUCGCAAGAAAUGGUGGAUAGACUCUGGGCACCCCGCUCGAAGCGCCCUGGUCCCUCCACAGCAGGGUAUGCUACCUAACCCUGGGAGACCGAGUAAUCCCUGGAAAGAGACGGAGGAGGAGGAGUGGGUGCAUGUUGAGCGUCACCCCGCACGAGAACUUUCUGUGCGCUCACAGGUGGCUGCCCCGAGGAAGCCCCUUCCGCCGCCAUACCCCGCAACUGAGACUCGACCACCACCUACGCCCGCAAGACCGCAACCCGAGGUGCAGAGACCAGGUAGUAGCGCGCAGGAGAUGGGAGAGAGGAGGGGUAGUAGCGCAUCCUCCCGUCGCGCCGCACCGCCGGUAGCUAGGAAACCGGCUCACCUCGCUUUGAGCAACGCAGAUAGUCCCAGUAGUCCCCCCUUGAGCAGGACGAGGUCGAUGGGGGGUGGGGGGAGGGAGUUUGAGGCGCCACCACGGCGGACGACGGGGUUAGAGAGUCAGGGAAGAUCGCCCCUCCCCCCACCACCAAGGAGGGGAGUAGCGGUGGGGGGUAUGGAUGGAAGUGAAGCGGAUGAGAAACCUAGGAUGCCUCCUCGCCCUGCCGCUGGGGUUGAUUUACUUGGGGGAGGGGGAGAGGAGAUGGAGGGGUGGGGGGUUUUGGAACCUAGGAGGCGAUAG